AUGCCGUUAUCCAGGCAUGAUAACUCAGCUUGGAAAGCCUCUAAGGUGAUGGAUGAGAUUUAUGAACAGCACGGGCAUCUGCUGACUACCCUUGACCCCCUUCACCACCCCUGGCUGACCCGACAGAGACUUAAGGAAAUGGCUGAUGCUGUUUAUGCGAAGGGUGCUGCACUUCCAAAUUGCUGGGGGUUUGUAGAUGGCACUGUAAGUUAUAUAGAAACUUUCAAAAUACAGUAUUUUAGUCUAGUGUGUAUUUUAUAUUAUUUUGUUUGUUUUUACUGUAAAAUCUCUAACAAACCCUUUCCCCUCCCCUCCCCUUUUUGUAAUAAUUCAGGCAUGGCAAAAUAUUUUUUAAAGAACUGAUUUUACUCUUAAGCUUUUAACAGUGCCACAACAUUAAACUUGAUCGUCUAUCAUCUAGUAAGUCAGAUUUUGCUUCUUCUCGAGUUUUGACUUUAUAGCAUUUCUCUAGCACAAAUCUAACGCUAUGUAUACCUUAUACAAAAUUUAUCAAAACUGGCAAGAUUUCAGCAGCAUGUUAUUUUGACUCUGGAGUUCUAAAUAAGCCUCUCCCCCCCUCUUGUACGAGGCACAGAAUUAAAUAAAGCCCCCCGAGGUUAUUAGAGCUUUUUAAAAGUUAAAAUUUACCGAUGAAAACAUAAAAAGAUUAUUUUGUUUUGUGGUUUUUUGUUUGCUACAGGUCAGGCCUAUCUGCAGACCUUCUCAGGGUCAACACAUAUUCUACAAUGGACACAAGAGAGUACAUAGCCUCAAACUUGAGCAAGUCUUAGCUGCAAAUGGCAUAAUAGUGCGAAUGUUUGGUCCUAUUGGUUGGUUAAACUAAAUGACUUCAUUUGUUUCCAAACAAAACUAUCACGUGUUAAUAGUUUUGGUAGACUCCACAAUUUCCACAGGUUGGGAUGGACUUAACCCCCCCUCCCAUCAGACUAUCCCCUAAGACUAAAAAGAUGUUCAUUUACUUUCUUUCCAUUUACAGAAGGGAGAAAGCAUUAUGCAGGCAUGCUAAGGAUGUCAGGCUUGUACCAAGACCUGGAGAGGCACUCGUGGGCACCAGAUGGCACACCCCUAUGUGUUUAUGGGGACCCAGCCUACCCCCACAGAGUAUACUUGCAAAUAGGGUUCAAGGGUGCAAGACUCACUCCUGCUCAAGAGACGUUCAAUCAUGACGUUCAAUCAUGA